CCCUAAACUUUUCCUUCCUUCCCUCAUUUCCGAUUAACUCCAACAGAAUCUCUCUAUCUCUAUCUCUCUCUUUCUCUAGGGCGCCAAAAUCCCUAAAAACACUAAAUCUGGAAUAAACCCUAAACCCGUUACCUAACAAACCACAAAAAUGCCGCCAAAAUCCACGCCCAAAUCAAAACCCAACCAAAACCCACAUUUCAAACCAGGCUCAAAAGUAGAAAUCAUGUCAGAAGAGGAAGGAUUCAGAGGCUCCUUCUAUACAGGAACAGUAGUGAAGGCAACAAGAACCUCAAAAUUCAUUGUUGAAUAUGACAAGCUGUUUGAAGAUGAAGAAGGGACAAAACCCUUGCAGGAAACAGUCAAUGAGUUCCAAAUAAGACCAAUAGCCCCAAGAGAGAAGAAGAGGGAGUUCAAGUUUAGUGAAGAAGUUGAUGCUUUUCAUAACGAUGGGUGGUGGGAAGGUGUGAUAACUGAGGUGAAUGAGGAUGGGAAUUUUGCUGUGUUUUUUAGGAGUACUAAAGAGCAGAUUGAGUUUGGCGAGGAGGAUUUGAGGUUGCAUAGGGAGUGGGUUAAUGGGGCGUGGAAACCAACGUUGGAAGGAGAGGAAGAGGAGGAGGUGAAAGAGAAGGAAAAUGAGCAGGGUUCUAGAAAUAAAAGGAAACUCGUUGAAGAAGAAGUGACGAAAGAGGUGAAAAGGAGGGUUAACAAGAAAGUGCCCGAUACAACACAAGAGAAGCCUAUUGAAUCACCAAAAGAUGCAAAGUUUAGCAAGGGAAUGCUAGUUGAGGUUAGCAGUGACGAAGAUGGUUUUAAAGGUGCUUGGUUUGCUGCAACUAUUGUUGAGCCAGUGGGCAAGGACAAGUACCUUAUUGAGUACCAAACCUUGAGAACCGAAGAUGAUAGUGAUUUUCUGAGGGAAGAGAUUGACACUGUGCACAUUAGGCCUCAUCCUCCACAAACUAUAAUUAUUGAUCGAUUCAAGAAGUUGGAAGAAGUUGAUGCUCUGUACAAUGAUGCCUGGUGGGUGGGUGUAGUUUCUAAGGUUAAUACUUUCCCAAAGUAUUCAGUCUUCUUCAAGGAUUCCAAUGAGGAAUUAGAAUUUCAGCACUCUGACUUAAGGCCACAUCAAGACUGGAUCAAUGGCAAAUGGGUCACUCCAUCAAAGGCUUUGAAGCUGUGAUCGCUGGAGAAAGUAGUAGAGCUUUGUGAGAGAACCUGCCAUCUUGCUGUAUAUAUCGCUGUAAUUCGUAUCAAUCUCCAUUUCGUGGCCUAUGGUAGGAGUAGUAGAAUAUCUUGAGGUGUCUUGCUCGACAAGGGUUGUAGAUUCUGCGGCUGAAUUACUGCACUUAUAUAAUCUGGUUCUAUUCCAUUUUCGAAGAUGUCUAGUCCAUUAUACAUGAAACCUCUCUAGUGCAAACCUUAAACUGAUGUCAUCAAAACAUAAAACAACUGUAUGCUGAUGCCAUAUGAUUCACCAUUUGAAGUUUCUCCCUA